AUGCUCAUCGUCGUCGUCGUCCUUCUAAUUUCGGCGAUUUCGUCGAAUUUCGCUGAAAUCGCAUCGUUCCACGAGGAAUUUGACGGUCAACUCGACAGAUGCACACCGAAACAAUUCCAAUUUGUCAUCGCAUGCAUUGAAAGGACGUUUGUGUACCUUCGCGAAUUGAAAACACUCAGCGCCUCGAAUAAAUCGGCGGUGUUGAUCUACGAGAGAACACACGAGCUGAUGAAUGAGGAUUGUCAGCAAAUCGCAAAAUGUUUCGAGCAAGUGAAAUGCGCCGAUAUGAAGCCAUUAGCGGAAAAUUUCGAAAAAGCUUGCAACAAACCGACAAAGUUGCCAUUGGUUCCAUGUCUGGCCAAGCUUCAUCCGAUUUUGAAAAACGAGACCGCUUGCGAUGGAUAUUUCCAGAAGCGUAAGAUUUCGCGAGAGGAAAAAUGCGCACACUUCGAGGAGCACCGCGAAUGCGUCGUCGAUUAUUAUAAGAAGCAAUGCGGCGAGCUUUUGGUUGACGAGGAAAUCAAUAAAGAGAGAUCCGAAAUUCUCGAUUUUGUCAAUUGCAAUAGCACGGAUUCGAUUUUUUAA